UUACUUGAAUAUUUUUUAUAAUAUAAUAAUUUAGAUUUUUCUUUACAAAAGGUAAUGUUUUAGAAUUUAAAAAUUUUUGUGUACCACUCGGGUAUUGCGUUAAGUUAAAUAUAUUGUUUUAUAUUGUAAUAUAAUGGAAGAAAAAGGAAAUCCUAACAGUAUUACACUUCCAGAUACUUUAGAAGUGUUUCGUAACUUAAAGAACGCUAAACAAUUUGCUAUAGAUAUAGGUGGAUCAUUAACAAAACUGGCAUAUUAUUCAACAGUGUCAUUUAGAAGAGUUUAUUAUGCUACUGAUAAUAUUCAAAAAGAUAGUGAUAAAUCCGAAGAAGAUAAACAAGACAAGUUUGUUUAUACAUUAUCUGAACAAGCUCGACUACAUUUUGUUAAAUUUGAAACAAAAUAUAUAGAAAAUUGUUUAGAUUUUAUUGCUGAAAACUUAGUUAACACUGAUGAACAAAAAGGAAAAAGUAUUAAAGCUACUGGAGGAGGAGCACAUAAAUAUAGUAGACUUAUUCAAGAAAAAUUAGGUUUAGAAGUGGACAAAGAAGAUGAACUUACUUGUCUGAUCAAAGGUUGUAAUUUUUUGUUAAAAAAUAUAAGUGAUGAAGCAUUUGUCUACCACAGAAAUGGUAGUCCAGAAUAUGAAUUUCAAACAGCAGAUCCUCAUGUAUUUCCCUACAUGUUAGUCAAUAUUGGUUCUGGAGUGAGCAUAUUAAAAGUAGAAUCUGAUCAUUGCUAUGAAAGAAUUGGUGGUACAGCUACAGGUGGAGGUACAUUUUGGGGCCUUGGAACACUAUUAACAAAAGCUAAAUCAUUUGAUGAACUGCUUGAACUAGCUGAAAAAGGAGACCAUAGAAAAGCUGAUAUGCUUGUAAAAGAUAUUUAUGGUGGUGAUUACCAAAAUCUUGGUAUGCAUUCAGAUUUAAUUGCAUCGUCUUUUGGUAAAAUAUGUCCUAGACGAAAUUCAGAAAAUGAUUUUAAUGAAGCUGAUUUAGCAAGAAGUUUGCUGUUUGCAAUUAGUAAUGAUAUUGGACAUAUAGCUUGUUUAUAUGCAAUGAUGCAUAAUUUAAAAAAAGUAUAUUUUGGUGGAUAUUUUCUAAGAAAUCAUUCACUUAGUAUGCAUACUAUUUCAUUUUCAAUUAACUUCUGGUCUCGAGGUACAGUUCAAAGUCUUUUUCUUCGCCAUGAGGGAUAUUUAGGUGCUAUAGGUGCAUUUCUUAAAGGCACUGAAGACUGUGACGGUGAUAAAUUUUCAUGGCAAGAAAACUAUGCAGGGAGCGGUAGUAAAAGUACUCGUUUAACUGGUGGAGAAAGUAUAGACCAAUUAGAAUUAGACCGUUGGGAGUCUUUAUUGACUUUUUGCCCUUUAUUGAGAGAUCCUUCUACUUACAUUCCAGACACAGUUGAUUUGAAUUCUGAUAGGGAAGCUAGAGAGUACUGGUUGAAUUGUUUUGAACAAAGCAUUGAAAACUAUGUUAAUUAUGCUGUUGUCAGUCAACCAUCAAGUCUUACUGCUAAGAGUCGUGCUGAAAAAUUCAAAGAAAAGUUUAUUGCUAGAGUAAAACUACUUAGAAUUAAGCCAUUUGCUUAUGGUAAUUUAACAGUUAGAGGUCUUCUUGAUACAAUUAAUCAUUGUCUUAAAGAAUUUGAUUUUCCUGAUCCUUACUUAACUCAAAAGCAAACAGAAAAUGAAUAUGCUUUAACAUGCCUUAAAGAUCGUUUAAAAGAAUUGGAUUCUUUGAAAAUUAAAGAACGACAAAUUGAGUUAAUUAUGGGUGUAUUAGCAGGAAAUACAUUUGAUUGGGGUGCUAAAGAAAUAGUUGCUCUGAUGAAAUCAGGACAAUUUGACUUUAAACAAGCAAAAAGUAAAAUUCCCGAUAGACCCUGGUUGAUAGACUGUUUGGAUAAUUGGGUGGUAAAAAUAUGUAAUAAUGCAUAUAAAAGAAUUGCUAUUUUUAUUGAUAACAGUGGAUUUGAUAUUGUACUAGGAAUCCUGCCAUUAGCUAGAGAAUUCCUUCGUCAAGGUUCUACUGUCAUACUGUGUGCAAACUCUGCUCCAGCACUAAAUGAUGUUACACAUUCAGAACUUAAAGUUUUAUUACGAUAUACUUCAUCAAUUUGUCCCAUUAUUGCCAAAGGAUUGGAGAGGAAUAGUUUAAAAUCAAUGGAAACCGCACAAAGUGGACCUUGUUUAGACUUGAGUCGAAUAGGGAGAGAGUUAGCCAAUGAAUUAAACUCAGUAGAUUUAAUUGUAUUGGAAGGAAUGGGUCGAGCCGUUCAUACUAACCUUGAUGCUCAAUUUACUUGUGAUUCUUUGAAGCUUGCUAUCAUCAAAAAUAGAUGGUUAGCUAAGCGUUUGGGCGGUGACAUGUUUUCUGUAGUUUGUAAAUAUGAAACAUUGAAGAACAAAUGAAUUUGAACAAAUAUCUACUUUUUUAAUAACUUUUUUUUAUAUAUAAAAAUUGGAUUAUGGAAUAUUUUUAUACAACUAUCAUACCUUUAUAUUAUUUUAAGUAAAAAAAAUUAUUAAUA